UUUUUUUUCAAGCACGGAUGUUUCGAAAGAAGCCACCCGGACACUUCUUUGAUGCCUGUUUUUUGUCUGAUGAUUAAAGAGCUGUGAUGUUGUGCAGAGCGACAUUCACGCUUUAUUGGCAAAAUAGAAUACGGCUGCUUUCAAUUGCCUUGUUUUUGAAUCCAUAUAUCGGAUGUUCAUCAUGUCAUUGUAUUAUCCUUCUUUUUUAUCUAUCGAACCGGCAGUUCUUAGCCAUGCUUGCCGAAAUGGCCUUGUAUUCUUGAUAUUUUUCCAAUAAAAAAGCGUUUUUAUCUCCUGCUUCAUUUCAUACUUUAACGACAUUUAUAUCAUUCCACUGCAUAUUAUCACACUUUUAAUUUUAAAAUUUUCACACACACACACACACGCACAUACACAUUGUCCAUUUGCACGUAAUUUAUACCGAAACUGGAUAGCCUAACAAACGCUCUGGCUCGGCCAAACCCCUCCAAGGAAGCACCAGCAGUAAUGAAGCCAACGCCCAAAGCAGAGGAGCAGCACACACACAGGAUAAAAUGCCCCGAAUGCGUGUGCUAUUUUGAAGGCGCGGACGGCUUGGCAGCGCACGCCAACGUAUGGCACUACAAGCCGCCUGGAAAGGCUGCGGUCAGACGAGCGCACGCGGAAAAACAAGUGUUUCGCCGGUUCGCAUAUUGACCACGCAGUAUUGGAGUUUAUUUUAGCCCUCUUGCCUUUUUUGUUAAAACAAAC